AAGUAUUUGAGACAGUUUUCUGCAUCAUACCAGGUACCUCCUAACCUUAGGUAGAUCAGAGCGAUGGGUAGCCUGUAAGUAUACCUUGCAAUAUGAGAAAGUACAUAUUUUUAUACCAACACUGGCUUGUGCCCCUCCUUUUUAUGCAUCAAUGACCCGAGUUUUAGCCAGUGAACAUUGAAGUCUUAAAGAUACCUAGAUAUGUAACCUACCUCUAUCUUUCACACUCCAAGCUUUCAUCCAUGAAUCGACCUUAAAACAGCCGUGAACAUAACAUGGGAAUAUCAUCAUCGUGAUUAGCUAGCAAAUGGCGUUGGUAGACUACUCAUCCUCAGACUCUGAGCCUACGGUUGAUGAAGCGGUGUCUACUACAACAGCAACAAAAAGGCGGAAGACAUCACAUCAAGAUGAAAAAGCAGGAGAGGCAGCAAUGCCACUGCUGCCUACAUCUUUCCACGACUUAUACGCGUCCACCGUGCGUCGAAGCACGAGUGAUGACCCGGCCUUGCACCAAGGUCGUAAGCGCGUGAAUCCGCACAAAGCAGGCAACUGGCCGAGCCACUUGUAUAUCGAGUGGCACCCAACACCCCCCCAACACACAUCCCUCACCAACCUCCUCACCUCCCUAGAACCCGCCCUCAAGCCCCUAUCCAUGGACCUCUACUCCUUCCUAACCUCAGACCUCGGCGCCCCCCAGCCGCUGCACAUCAGCCUCUCCCGGCCCAUCGUGCUCAGCACCACGCAGAAGGACGCCUUCCUCCCACAGCUCACCGAGCGCAUCAGCAGCAGCCGCGUCGGGCCCUUUGAUCUCGUGCCGCGGGGUCUGGAAUGGCACCGGACGCCGGAGUCUUCGCGGUCCUUUCUAGUGUUGAAAGUGGCGAGUUGCCCUGCUCCUCCUACUCCUACUCCAACUCCAACUCCAAGUUCAAAUUCAACCUCAACCUCCCCCUCCCCCUCAUCACCAUACCCCCGCCCCCCAAACCCAAACCCAAACCCAGAACUCUCAGCCCUCCUCGCCCAAUGCAACGCCCUCGUAAAAUCGUACUCCCAGCCACCUCUCUACGCCUUCCAAGACGACGAACACAACACCAGCACCAGCACCAGCACCAACGAGAGCAGCAGCAGCAGCGACGCGUUCCACAUCUCAAUCGCCUGGUCCUUCGCCGAGCCCACGGCCGCAGUCAAGCAGCGCACCGAAGCCGUCUUCUCUUCGCCAGACACGCGAGCGCGGGACGAGAUCCUAGCCGUCCGCGUCCCCGUCACCGGCGUCAAGGCCAAGAUCGGGAAUGUCGUCACCCGUGUGGCUUUGCCCGUGCGUGGGAAGAGGGGGAGGGGGAGGGAGGGGAGAGGUGGUUUAAUAAGUACUAUCCAUGUUGCUAUGUAGCUAGCUAGGUAGUUAAUCUAGUAGUUGGUCUUCCUAGUUGAUCG